CUUCCUCAGGGCCUCAUGUUCCGGUGCAGUGCCAACUGUUGUGAAGACAGCCAGGCGUCCAUGCAGCAGGUGCACCAGUGCAUUGAACGCUGCCAUGCACCUCUGGCCCAAGCCCAGGCCCUGGUGACCACUGAGCUGGAGAAGUUCCAGGACCGCCUGGCCCGGUGCACCAUGCAUUGCAAUGACAAAGCCAAAGAUUCAAUAGAUGCGGGAAGUAAAGAGCUUCAGGUGAAGCGACAGCUGGAGAGUUGUGUGACCAAGUGUGUGGAUGACCACAUGCACCUCAUCCCGACCAUGACCAAGAAGAUGAAGGAGUCUCUCUUGUCCAUUGGGAAAUAGAAGUCUUUGCAACUGGCCAUCUGGGCUGACAGCGGGAAUCUAUUUAAAAAGAGAAAUGGGAGUUUUGGUCUUUAAAAUGAAGUUUAUGAAGAAAUUAAGGAUGGCAGCAAGUU